AUGGGGGCUCCCCGUGGAGGGCAAGGGCCUUGCCUUGUCCGCCUGGUGGUCCUGCUGUUGGCUUUCCAACGCGGUGCUCUAGCGGGGGCUUCCCAUGGCUACGAGCAUAACUACAACCUGACGCGGUGGAGGGGGAGGGGAAGCGCGCAGAGCUGCAACCUGUUCCAGGGGAGCUGGGUGCCCGACGACUCCUACCCUCUCUACGACUCCUCCAGCUGCCCAUUCCUCGAACCGGAAUUCGACUGCCAGAAGUACGGCAGGCCCGACAAGCUCUACCUCAAGUACCGGUGGAAGCCAGACUCCUGCGACCUCCCCAAGUAAUGAGUAGCACCCCGUCCCUUGGGCGGAGGUGCAGUUCUCUUCCCCAUCACUUCGUUGAAUGUCUUUUCUCCGUCCCAUCGACAUUACUAAGAGGGAGAAUUCUGGGGAAAUUGGGCAGGUUCAAUGGCGCCGACUUCUUGUGGAGGUUCAAGGGGAAGAAGAUCAUGUUCGUUGGGGACUCCAUCAGCCUGAACCAGUGGCAGUCGCUCAACUGCAUGCUACAUGCGGCGGUGCCCAAUGCCAAGACUUCCUUCAUCCGGAGGAAUUCCGUCUCCUCCCUCCGCUUCGAGGUGGGCUCCCCUUCUCUAAUCUCUUUUCUAUUUUUCUCUUUCGUCGCCGUCCGAUGGGGAGGAACCGAGUGGGUGAAUUUCUUCUCCUUGUCGGUGGCGCCACCGCCGUGUCGGAAGCACCUCGAGGUGAAGUCACACCCACGAGCUCCCUCGGCUUUCAAUGCUCCAUAACUUCCCCAUUGCUUCGCCUCCCUCGUUGACCCCUGAGAAGUCCCGUGCCUUCCAAGUCCUCGCCCUUGGGAUUACUCAACCUCAACCGCUGCGCUUCGAUGUUCGUCAAUCAAAAAUAUUACCGAUCAAAAUCCUAAAAAUAAAAGAAAGCUGCUUCUGUGUAUGUUCUCCUCAGAGUUCUUCGUCUUCCGGAAAUGCAGGACUACGGGGUUUCCGUGAUGUACUAUCGGACCACUUUCCUGGUGGAUAUUGUCAGCGAGAGGAUCGGGCGGGUGCUGAAGCUGGACUCUAUAGAGGGCGGCAGCGCAUGGCUUGGCGUUGACGUGCUCAUCUUCAACACAUGGCACUGGUGGCUCCAUCGGGGGAACAGCCAGCCGUGAGAUUCGGAACCCCUCAAAUCGCCGCCCACCUUCCUCCCCAUCUCCCACAGCGCUGACCGACCGAGCCGCCGAUCUGCGCGCAGGUGGGACUACCUCCAAGAAGGCACCGCCGUCUACAAGGACAUGGACCGGUUGACCGCCUUCUCCAAGGGACUCUCCACAUGGGGGAGAUGGGUCGACGCCAACGUCGACCCCUCCACCACCAAGGUCUUCUUCCAGGGCAUCUCUCCCACCCACUACAAGUAAGCUCCGACCCACUGUGCAUAACUUGGAUAAUCUAAUGUGGAACAUAAAAUUUCCCCUAAAUUCGGGCUAAUAGAGGGGGUCCUUGUUCGGGGGAUGCAGUGGAAGAGACUGGGGAGAUGCGAGAGCCAGCUGCAACAGGCAGACGGAGCCGGUGAGCGGAUCGACGUACCCAGCGGGUUCGCUGCCGGAGGACGCCGUGGUAAAGAAGGUUCUUAGCACCAUCUCCAAGCCGGUUUACUUGCUGGAUGUGACGCUGCUGUCGCAGCUGAGGAAGGACGGCCACCCCUCCGCCUACAGCGGAGACCACUCCGGCAUGGACUGCAGCCACUGGUGCGUCGCCGGCGUCCCCGACACUUGGAACGAGCUCCUGUACGCGGCGCUGGUUCUCUGA